UAAAGUUUCAUUUGCCUGUGCCACUUCCACCCGUGUUUAUUAUUAUUAUUAUUACGACGAAGCUAUGUUGUUUUUGAAAGACACGGUCACGCCCAGACAGACAACAACAAACAUCGUCUCCCAAACGCCAGAAGUUCUCGGACAAGAACCAGAUAUACUGGAUACUUCCUUUGGAUUCCAAAUAGGCGAGAGUGGGAACAUUAUAAUAGAAGAGCAAGAAACCACUGCCCCAACGCCGGCUAAGAGACAAAAGAAAAAAAACGAUGAGAACGCCGCCUUUAACGAUCUAGUCAACGAAGUAAGUCAGUUUGUGGAUAGUCAAAAAAAAACACACAACAAUUUCUUGGGUGCGAUUGGCGAAGUGUUUGAGAAGGUCCCAGAAGAGAGCCGCCUAGAUUUUCAAAUGGAAGUACUUCAAUACGUCUAUGCUCAAUAUAAAAAUUAUAAAAAUUUAAUUUACGAAAUUUAAAAAUUUAAAUGACAUCCAGUUUGAAUUCAAUUUUGCGAACUUUAUAUGUAAUCUAAUUUAGUAUGAAAUCUGAUUUUGAUUUUGCGAAUUAAAUAUGUAAUCGAAUAUAUAUGUAAUAUAUAAUAUAUAUAUGUAAUGUAAUAAUAUGUAAUAAAUAUGUAAUCGAAC